AUGAAAGAAUGUCUUGAAAUGUUGAUUCUGGUGGAUAUUACCGGUGCCACGAAUCCACCUUGUACGGAGGCUGGUCCUUCGCGCGGGAAAGCCCGUGAAUGGGGCCCCGUCGCACCGAUCAGAGCCUGUGGUUGGUUGAUCGGUUCCUCAUCUCGAAGCCUCGGUCGCCCGGGCUUGUCACGUCCUCGAAUGUUAGGACUUGGCACGGUAUUGCAGUCGUAUUAUUCACUUCUGGUCACUCCUAUCCAUCACUGGGAGGGCCGCAGGGCGGUUGCUGUUGCCACUCCCGUCUAA